AUGUCUCCGGAGUGGGCGUCAGCCUAUACUAAGGCCCAAGCUGCAGUCAAAAAACUCUCGUUACAAGACAAAGUCAAUCUGGCUACUGAUGAAAUCAUUAGAGCGAUCAAUGUUGCUGCAACUUUCAACAGAACUCUUAUGAGAUCCCGAGGAGCCGCCCUUGGAGCCGAGUUCCGUGGAAAAGGUAUUCAUGUUGCUCUUGGUCCAAUGAUGAACCUAGCUCGUGUACCUGCUGCAGGAAGGAACUGGGAAGGAUUUGGCUCCGAUCCCUAUCUUUCUGGCGAAGGAGCAUACGAAACGAUUAUGGGUAUCCAGGCCAACGGAGUUCAGGCCACCGCAAAACAUUAUAUCAACAAUGAGCAGGAACACUCCAGAGAAACGAGCUCUUCCGUUCAACAUGAACUUUAUGCACUUCCUUUCCUGCGAAGCGUGCAGGCUAACGUUGCCUCUGUUAUGUGCAGUUACAUCAAUGGAAGUUUUGCAUGCGAAAAUGACAAGAUGCUCAAUGGUAUCUUGAAAGGAGAGUUUGGAUUCCCCGGUUAUGUAAUGUCUGACUGGGCAGCAACGCACUCCACGUUAUCUGUUAACAAGGGCCUUGACAUGACCAUGCCAGGCGACAUUACCUUCUCUUCAGGAACAACAUACUUCGGUAACAAUUUAAUUGCUGCAGUACAAUCUGGUUCCGUUCCUCAAUCUCGUGUCGAUGAUAUGGCUACCCGAAUUCUGGCUGCUUGGUAUUUGAUGGGACAAGACAGUGGCUUCCCAGCAGUUAACUUCAAUGCAUGGAAUUUGAAUGCACCAAUCAAUACCCAUGUCAACGUACAAGCAGACCACAAAAACGUUAUCCGAGACAUAGCUGCAGCGUCUACUGUACUACUCAAGAAUGUAAAAAGUGCUUUGCCACUCAAGGCGCCUAAAACCAUUGCCAUCGUUGGAAACGGCGCAGGCCCAGGAUCAAAGGGACCAAACGGAUACACAGACCGUGGCGGUAAUGAUGGAGUCCUUGCCAUGGGCUGGGGCAGUGGAACCGCCGAUUUCCCGUACCUCAUUAACCCUCUAGAUGCGAUCACAUCUAGGGCUGCAUCCGAUUCUUCGACGGUGUCUUCAUCUUUGAGUGAUACCGAUUUGAACAGUAUGUAA